AUGAAGACGGUUCUUCCUUGGGCGCUUCUCGCGCUCACCCAAGUGACAUCGGCAUGUCUUCUCCCUCAUGAGCGUGACGAAACUGAGAUGAAGCCAAUCGUCCGCCGCCAGGGCAGCAACGGAACUCCGAUUGGAAAGGGCGACAGAUUUGAUGGCGGCUCAACUGCACCAAGAGGGCUAGGCACUCAGUCGUCAUCCACUUCUUUUAGCACCCUCCUCAACGUCAAUGAGAUCAAGAGUGGCCUACAAGGCCUCGUAAAUACUUACGGGAUCCAAACAUUCAAUACCCCAUACAAGACAGCCCAGGGAGCCACCGUUAUUGGGGCCCAAAUUGGCGGGAACGGUACUUGUUCCAACGCCUAUCGCACAUUCAUUAACGGCAACAUCCAUGCUCGAGAGCGCGGGUCUAUGGAUAGCGUACUCUACUUCGCUGCCGACCUGCUGUACGCAAAUAAGAAUAACGUUGGUCUUACAUACGGAUCCAAGUCGUAUACCAACGCCCAGGUGAAAACCGCCCUGUCCACAGGACUAGUCAUCAUUCCACUUAGCAAUCCGGAUGGAGUGGCCUAUGACCAGUCAACCAACAGCUGCUGGCGAAAGAACCGCAACUCCAACUCAGGAGGAGUCGAUCUGAACCGAAACUUCGAUUUCCUUUGGGACUUCACCCGCCUGUUCUCCUCUUCAGUGCAGUCAAGCGUCGCCUCAACGUCUCCUAGCUCUGAGACUUACCACGGAACCAGUGCUUUCUCUGAAGCCGAGACCAAGAACAUCAAGUGGGUGUUUGACACAUUCUCCAAGAUCCGUUGGUUUGUCGACCUUCAUUCUUAUGCAGGUGACGUGCUAUGGAACUGGGGUAGCGACGAAAACCAGUCCCAGUAUUCGUACAUGAACUUCCUCAACAGCUCCUACAGCAGCGUCCGAGGCAUUCUCACAGACACUCCCAGUCCUGGCAGGGGCUACGGCGAAUAUGUUCCUCAGGCUGAACUCAACGAUAAAAUCACUGCAGCUAACCGCAUUGCUUCUGGAUUGACCGGCGGCGGUGGUCGCAGUUAUGAUGCCUUCCAGUCAGCCAAUCUGUAUCCCACGUCGGGCGCCAGUGACGAUUAUGCUUAUUCGCGACACUUUUCCGACCCUACCAAGAGUCUUGUUCACUCAUUCACAGUGGAGUUUGGCUUCCCCAACAACGCCGCAUCUUGCCCAUUCUACCCAUCAGUCUCUCAGUAUAACUCCAACCUCCGUGCAACCAGUGCUGGCUUCAUGGAGUUUUUGUUGGCAGCUAACGAUCUUGGACUUGGAGACGCAACAACUUGUUAA